GGCUGAUGAAGAAAUCAGAAACAGGAUGUUGCGUCUAAUUUGUGGAGCUGCAGAGUGCUGAACAUGAAUAAACCCAUUUAGCUUCUGUCACAACCUUAAUAACGGACUUUCUAACGUAACUGUUUUAUAUAUCUGCUGAGACCACGGACAGCUGAAUUGGGUUCAUCAAGCUUGCUGAAGUUCCUCUCUUCAUCCACUCAUCAUGGUGGAGUACUACCAGGUGUUAGGAGUACGGAGAGAUGCGUCUGCAGAUGAAAUAAAGAAGGCGUACAGAAAGCUUGCCCUGAGGUGGCACCCUGAUAAAAACCCAGAGAACAAGGAUGAGGCUGAAAAGAAGUUCAAGGAGCUGUCAGAGGCUUAUGAAGUCCUUUCAGAUGCAAACAAGAGGAGCAUAUAUGAUCGCUAUGGCAAAGAGGGGCUGACAGGGAACAACGGAGGAAGAGGGGGCCAUUUCCAUAACGGAGACCAUUUCCAUGAACCGUUCACAUUCCGCAACCCAGAAGAUGUGUUCCGGGAAUUCUUCGGUGGCAGAGACCCAUUUGCAGACUUUUUUGGUACAGAUCCAUUUAGUGAUGAUCCAUUCUUUGGCCGACGGCACCAAAGUCGGGCGAAUCGCAGCCGGACAGGUGGCUCAUUUUACGGGGGCUAUGUUGGUUUUCCUCCCUUUGGUGCUGGCUUCUCACCUUUUGACCCAGGCUUUGGCUCUUUUGGCCCCAUGAGCACCAUGGGUCACAUGGGUCACAUGACAACCAUGGGCAGUCUGGGAGGUGGGGGCUUCACCUCUUUCUCCUCCACCUCCUUUGGGGGAGGAGGAGGUGGAGGAGGCAUUGGCAACUUCCGCUCCGUAUCCACUUCCACCAAGAUCAUCAACGGCAGGAAGAUCACUACUAAAAGAAUCGUGGAGAACGGUCAAGAGCGGGUGGAGGUGGAGGAGGACGGGCAGCUGCGGUCAUUAACCAUUAAUGGUAAGGAGCAGCUCCUGCGACUGGAACACAAGUAAAGACGGAAGCAUCCUCUGCUGGAGAAGUGUUACCUCAGCACAAACAUACCAACAAACUUGAGCUCGGAUCGGAAGGAGGAAAAAAAAGCAACAAAACAAUGUAAUAAUAGUGCUCUACUGUUGUUUGGAUGUACAUACUUAGGUUGUGUUUAUUUCCCCUAUGUCCUCUCCCUGCUGACUCAUUUGUUAACCUACGAUUCAAAUCCGAGGAUUUGGAUGCAGACUUUUCUAUGCAUUUUGUUAAUGUUUUUCUGAAUUGGAGCUGUCCUUAUAUUUUGGCUCAGGGUGGUGUUAUUGUUUCAGUGUAUGGGACCACAGUGUUGUUCUGAUGUAUGUGAUGAUAAGACCCCCCCGCCCCCCUCGCCUCCCCCUUUUUUCCAUUACUUUCUUUAUGCACUCCGCUGUGUGUCAGUCUGCAGACAACACGCAUUGUGUUCAGAAAACAAAGCAUGACUUUGGUUUUCAUCUGAAAAGUAAAAAUAUAUUGUUGAAUUUUACUUUAAAAGUGUGUAGGAAUAACAUAAGCACCCCCUUUCCCCUCUCUGUUUACUGCUUGUCUAACCUCUUCUUAGUCAUAAUUGUUUUUUAUUAAAAAAAUUAAUGCUGGUAGGAUGAGUUAUGCAAUUUUAUAUGUUCUAAUACCAAUGUGUUUUUUUUUUUUUGUUUAUUUAAUAAUGCAUGUACUGUUGAUGUUGAGUCUUAAUGUUAAAGCUGCAUUAUGAUGCACAAAUAUGGAAGGCAUUCUAUAAAUGGUAUAUGGAUAUGGAAGGAAUUUUGUGUACUUUGUAAACCAGUAAAUCUGAGUUUCAUCCUGUUUUCAGGGUACUGAAAUCUUGGCUGGUCUCUGAUCUGUUAGUUUGCAAGUUAUGUUCUAACUAGAGAUGUUCCAAUACCAUUUCUUCCUUCAUGAAACCAAUUCCAAUACUUCAACUUUGAGUGUUGGCCGAUACCACGUACCAAUCAUUGUUGUAUGGCCUGGCUUAGGUUAAAGCUUACUCUGACCCUCAGAGUCAGAGUAGGGCAGGUCAUGACACUCCUGGGGAAAAAAUGGAGAACUGGGAAGUAGCAGGGUCCUGAUAAAUGACAUGGUAUCGGAUUGGUGCACAGACGCACAUACUGGCCGAUACCUGAUAUCGCAGUUUAGUCAGUAUCGGAGGAAUAUCCAAUACUGGAACAACUCUAGUUCAAGCCUUCAUGACCAUCAUCAUGGGAAACAGGGUGCCCUUGGGGUCUUAAAAAGUCUAUAAUUCAAUAAGCUGAAUCUUAGGCAUUAAAAUGAUCUGUGUCUUUUAAA